AUGAUAAGCUUGAGCCUUUAACAAUCAAAAAAGCAAAAAUAUAAGUCUAUUAGUUCAGAUGAAAGAUAAUAAGUUAUCAAACUGUUUUUGGAAAAUGCAUAUUCUGCUAACCAAAUAGCUAACAUUACAGGCCAUAAUUUAUCAACUAUUAAGGCUAUAUAUAGAAUUUAUAAAAAAGAAGGUAGAAUAUAUAAAAAAGAAAAGAGAGACAAGCAAAUCAAAAUAAAAAAAAAUGUGGUUUUAUUAGUGAUUGAUGAAAAAACAAGUCAUUUGAAUAUUAUGGCUAAAUAAUAAUUUAAAUAAGAAAUAGUCAUAAUGAACAAAGAGAUUCCAUUUUUAUCAUUUGAGAAUACAAUUAAUGAGACUAUUUUAAAUUCUGCUGUUGAUGUCCUAAAGCAUUUGGAUAGUUUUGAAUCGAAAUAAUGCUUCUUAUAAUCAUUAAAAAAGGUCAAGAUAGAAAGUUUUGAGAUGAAAGUUUCCAAGAGAUUAAGGAAAUCACAAACUAAGUUAAAGAGAGGAUUAUGA